AUGCCAUCACUCUCUCGAUUGUCAGCAAUUACUUUGUCCGUGAUAGCCGGUGGUGCAUACUACUCUCGACUGGAAAAGUGGCUGUUUGGUUCGGAAAAUGAUUCAUUGAGAAACAUGUUUCUGCUGAAUGGAGCGAAAUGCGCGGAGUUCAGUGCAUCCUUAUCGUUUCCUAGCGCACAUCCUUCUCCACAAAGUAAAUGGGAUCAUAACUGGGAUAACCGAGAACCGAAAUAUAUGGUGAAUCCUACGGAAUAUGAAGAAGCUGAUCCGGUUCGUCGUCAAAAUAUGCUAAAUGAAGCAGCGCCAACCUCGAAGCGAAAUAUUAUUCUCAUACGACAUGGACAAUAUUUUACGAAUCACAACGAUAAAAAUUAUCUUAGCCUGACACCUUUAGGGCAAGAACAAGCGAAAUAUGUAGGUCAGCGUUUGGCUAGCAGUGGUUUAAAGUUUGACAGUGUGGUAAUGUCGACAAUGACCAGAGCGGAGGAAACAGCUAAACUAAUAUUAACUGAGCUACCGCCGACUUCAGUAAAAAGCGAUCCGUUGUUGGAAGAAGGAGCACCUUUCCCACCGGAACCACCUAGUAAACAUUGGCGUCCUAAGCACAAAGCAGCUUUUCGGAAAUACAUACAUCGUGCAAGUUGGAAACAAAAAGAUGAUAGCUGGGAGUUAAUUGUAUGCCACGGAAAUGUGAUACGAUAUUUCAUUUGCAGAGCGCUGCAGUUUCCUCCUGAAGGUUGGCUACGAAUGUCAGUUGGUCAUUGUUCGAUAACUUGGCUGGUUAUAUAUCCUAAUGGUUUUGUAUCUGUGAAGUCUCUUGGCGAUAUCGGUCACUUGCCCAGUGGAAAGGGCUUUCAUUUGCUUGGCUAG